GAGUCGCCCGUCGUCUGGUGCCCCUCUCUCGAUUGCUCCUCAUAAACCCUAGGCCUAAUCCUUCUCUUCUCCGCUUCUCCAUGGGGAAGUCGAGAGCGGCGAAGGAUCGCAACAACAAGCGCAACAACAAGAAGCGCAAGCUCGGCCUCAAGCCCCAGAAGAAGCAGCAGCCAAAGCCGCAGCGGCAGACGCAACGACAGUCGCAGCGGCAGCGGCAGCGGCAGCCGCAGCCGCAGCGUUCCCACGAUAACCUCGCACAGGAAUACGAGGAUCCCGUCCUCUUUGGAGGUGGCGCCGGCGGCGACGACGACGAUCCCGCCGCCGCUCUCUCCUCCCCUGAUCGGAUCCACCGCCUCCUCGAGCCGUACACCAAGGAUCAGCUCAUCAGCUUCCUCCUUGACGCCGCGGCCUCCGAUGCGUCCCUUCUCGCCCACAUCCGCACCAUGGCCGACCGCGACGUUUCCCACCGCAAGGUCUUCGUCCACGGCCUCGGCUGGGACGCCACUCGCGAGACCCUAAUCCAGGCCUUCGAGCCCUACGGCCCCAUCGAGGAAUGCAACGUCGUCGUCGACAAGGCCACCGGUCGUGCCAAGGGCUACGGCUUUGUCCUCUUCUGCUCUCGCGCUGGCGCUGUCAAGGCCCUGAAGCAGCCCCAGAAGAAGAUCAAGAAUCGCAUCGCCUACUGCCAGCUCGCGUCCGUUGGCCCCGUCCCCGCUUCCAGCAGCACGGACACCCCCGGGAGGAAGGUGUAUGUCAGCAAUGUCCACGCCGAUGCUGCCCCUAACAAGCUCAAGGCAUUCUUCUCCCAAUUUGGGGAAAUCGAGACCGGACCCUUUGGGUUCGACAUGCUCACGGGGAAGUCGAGGGGGUUUGCGAUCUUCAUCUAUAAGACGCAAGAUGGGGCGCGAAGGGCGCUCGAGGAACCAUACAAGAUGUUUGAAGGCCACCAGCUGCACUGUCAGCUGGCCACUGAGCAUGGGCAGAAGGGAAAGGCACCGGUUUUUGCUCCCAAUCCGAUGUCUAACGCUGCUCUUCUUGCGGCGCCACCGCAGCCUGUGCUGGCGGUUAUGGCUGCUGCACAGAACCUAGCUUUGUACAACCAGAAUCCAGCAGCUUUCGGUGCUCUGCUUGGGCAGAACCCACUAUUUGCCGCAGCUGCACUUAAUCCUGCAGCUGCAGCUGCACUUAAUCCUACAGGGUUGCUUGCAUCGCAGGGCCAGACUCUAGGAGGAGGAAUGGGUGUGGGAACUGGAGCUCCCUCAUUGCUGGGUGCUUAUGGAUCUCAGGCAUUGGCAGGUCUGCAAGGAUUACAGUCAUAUCAGGGUUCGCAACUUGGUCAAUCAUCAUCUAUGAGGCCUACCGGGUCCUAUGGAGGGUUUCCUUGACAUAUAUGAUGUGAGGAAGCUAGUACAAGAAGAAAGCAUGGGGCCUUGGAGGGUGGUUGUUAAAGGCUUCUCUAUCUAUUCAGGCUAAUAUGGAAGGACUUGUGUAACAGCCUUUGAGUGUGUUCAUCUCCAGUUCCACUAAGCUCAGUAACUCAAGUGGAACUCUUGGGGAAAGAACUUUUUUCACUUGGCAUGCUGCUCCAUUACUGUGAAACAUGUGUGUGUUUACUUUUGUAUUUAAGCAUUUUGGUGGCAGUUGCUAAUAUUAUUAAUUUUGUUCUUUUUGUUUUGUUA